UCUCCACCCUCAAUAGAUAAAGUUACAUAUAUAUCUAUCAAUAGAUGUUUGUCAUAUUACUAUUGUAGUUUUGUACAAAUAUACAUACAUAUAUAUACACACAAAUAAGUACGCAUUUGUAUAUGGCUAACCCUUCACAUAAGCCUAAUUACAUGAUCCAAUUAGCAGAACAAUAUCCACAGCCUAGAAAAGAAGCCUCCAAUUCUCCUCCACCCCCUCUAUUAUGUUCUAAUGUUCACCAAGGGGACCAAUCAAGAAGUCGAAAAUUACCAUCUAUUAGAAAGGUACAAACCAAUAAGGCUUCCGGCAUGGGAUCCACUUCCUCUGGUGGCUCAACGAGCCGGCCUAGUGGUGGCAAACAUCCAAUGUACCGCGGUAUAAGAAGCCGAAGUAGCAAAUGGGUGUCAGAGAUUCGAGAACCACGUAAAACGACACGUAUAUGGCUCGGGACUUACCCAACUCCGGAGAUGGCAGCUGCGGCUUAUGACGUGGCGGCAUUAGCCUUGAAAGGGAAUGAUACUAUAUUGAACUUCCCGUAUCAUAUUAGUUCAUAUCAGGUCCCGGUCUCUCCUUCGGCGUCCGAUAUUCAACGAGCAGCAGCCUCUGCAGCUGAGUUAAUGAAUCCCGAGACUACGAAGGAGGCGGCAGUUGAUGAGCCGGAUUCUGCUAAUGCACAGAUUGUCCCUAGUGGAAAUGAUUUUAUAGAUGAGGAGGAACUGUUCGAUAUGCCUAAUUUGCUGGUGGAGAUGGCGGAAGGUAUGCUGCUCAGCCCACCAAGAAUGCUGACAGAUGACUCGCCGGGAAGUUUGAAUACCGAAAGUCUAUGGAGUUACUUUUAAGUUUUAAGAUCCUUUUUGUGCUGCCUUAACAUAUAAUAGACAAGUAAUUUGCUCAUCACAACGAAAGAUAUGGAUAGAAUUAUGGCUCUACCAGAAAUAGGCUCGACUUCGUACCCUAGUUUGGUAGUUUCCACUGCGCGACCAAGGUUGAAUCUCGUCUUCUUUUACCCUUUUGUACAAUGGUAAACUGAAGCAGCAGCUUCUAGUAUUUCUACUUUCUGUCUAAUUUGAACAAAGAAUUCUUCCUUUUG